AUUAUGACUCAGUGACCAGGUCUGAUCACACUUCCAGCAUCACCAUGAAGUCUGGGACACGUCACGAUUACCACAUUGUAAAACAAAUCUAAAGUCCAAUAAGCUGUCUUGUAUCACAGACAGGACACAGAGACGGUGUAAUAUAAAGGCAGCCUGCAGCAUCAGCAUCAACCUCACACCCAGGCACCGAGGUUCCAGAUUUACAUUGCUGGGGAUCUUCUCAUCCUAUCCUGACCCAUCCAGGGACUCAACAUGUUGGUGAAAGUAGCCGUGUUUGCGCUUGCUGUGUGCGCUGUCGCAGGAUCUCAGGCUGAAGUCAGCACUGACAAGGUGGUUGAUGCCUUCUGGAAUUACUUCAGCCAGCUGACCAGCGGCACUAAGGACACCGUGGAGCAGAUUCAGCAGGCUGACAUCAGCAAGCAGCUAAAUUCUCUAAUUGAGGAAAACCUGAAGAGCGUAAACCUUUAUGCAGGAGAACUGCAGCAACAGUUGGUUCCCUUUGCGCAGCAGAUUCAAAAGCAACUGACACAGGACUCAGACAAGCUGAGAGAACAGAUCAGGCAGGAGCUGGAGCAGCUGAGGGUCAAGCUGUCCCCAUAUGCAGAUGAGGUCAAAAAGCAGCUGAGCAGGAAUGUAGAGGAGCUUCAGAUAAAAGUGGCUCCAUAUGCAGAGGAGCUUCGCACCCAACUGGACAAAAACAUUCAGGUGGUCAGCCAGCAGAUAAAGUCUGUAACUAAGGACCUUGAAGCCAAAAUCCGAGAGAAUGCAGAACAGAUACAGGUGUCACUGGUCCCAUACUAUCAAGAACUGGGGGUCACAAUAGACAACAAUGUGGAGCAGCUGAGGAAGCAGCUGAAACCCAUUACUGACAAAAUGAAAGAUGAUAUAGAUCAACAGUUACAAGAGCUAUCUAAAAGCCUGACCCCCUAUGCUGAGGAUAUGCAGGAUGCACUACGCAAACAGAUGAGGAACGUGGACAUCCAGAUGAGGAAGAAGGUAGACCAGAUGGAAAGCCAAAUCCUGAACUUCACAGUACAGCUGAAAGGGCAACUCUACCCAUAUGCAGACCAGCUUAGAAGCAUGCUCAAUGGAGAUAUGACAGGUGUCAGAGAGAAACUGGAGCCCUACCUGGCCAAGAUGAACCAGCAGAUGGACCAGAAGAUUGCAGAGUUCAAAGACACAAUUGUCCCCUAUGCAGAUGGCCUGAACAAGGAACUUGUGCAGAGAGUGGAGGACAUGAAGCGGGAACUGAGCCAGUAUACUGUCAGCAUGCAGGAUCAGAUGGAUGUUUUCGAGCAAGAUGUCCGAGACAAGAUACAAGAUUUUAUUAGUAGGGGAAUUUCCACUGAGAACUGAGUCUUCAUCACCCUGACUUAUACCUGCUGACCAAGUUACUUAAUGUAACUUAUAGCAUAACAUAUACUGGAUGCUUGCUAUUGCAUAAGACAAAAUUAUAUAACAAUGUUGUUGUGACAUGGUUUAAGCUUUAAUAGGUCCAAGGCAUUUAUGCUUAUCAGGUUCUUAUAAUAGUCUUUGGCCGAACCCAGACAUUUUUUUUAAAAGGGCAAUCAUCUACAAGGCUAAACCAUGCCGCGUAAAUGAUUGCCCCUUAAAAAAAAAUGUCAGAGUUUGGCCAACAUCCUGCACAGCCGCCGAUCUGAGAUUUCAUUACAUCCUGGCCCUUGUUUCCAAUGUGAUAUAAAAAUGCCUGUGCUCUCCAGAUAUUAUUGAAUUACCAUUAUAACUUUUAUAAUACACAAUAAACAUACUGGGAAAAGGAUGUUGGGAUUACCUGUCUAUCAGCAGCUCGAGAUGCACAAGUAGCCUGAUCGCCAUUUAACAGCAUUACAAAAAACUAGAGAUGAGCGGGUUCGGAUUUACUCGGUUCUUAACGCCAGAAUUAUCGCAAGUUCUAUCUUUCUGGAUUUUUCUUAUUGGCUAACCAAAACAUGUGACGUCCGUGAGCCAAUAAGGAGAUUCGGAGUAAAACCGAACCCGCUCAUCUCUAAAAAAAAACAAAGGGCUGCAUAAUACAAUAGAGGGAACUCUGAAGUUACUUAGCGUUACAACUGCUUAUGUUAUUGUAUAGGUGCAUUACUAAAUUUUGUGUUGUCCCUCCCUCAACUUUGUGAUAACCCUGUGUGCGCUCUUUUUGGAACUCAUUAAUAAAAUGCAACUCAGCAAUGCA